AUGGGGGCUACUGGAAACUCAGGAGGAGGAGGAAUAGUGAAGCAUAUUCUGCUGGCUAAGUUCAAAGAUGGGGUUUCCGAGCAACAAAUUGAGGAACUCAUCAAGGGCUAUUUCAAGCUUGUCGAUCUCAUUGAACCCAUGAAAGACCUCAAAUGGGGCAAAGAUGUGAGCGCUGAGAAUCUGAACCAAGGAUUCACUCACGUCUUUGAGUCCACCUUUGAGAGUACCCAAGGUGUUGCGGAGUUCAUUGCUCACCCAGCUCAUGUGGAAUAUGCUAAGCAGUUAGUUCCUAAGCUGGAGAAGGUCCUUGUAGUUGAUUUCAAACCUACAGCUGGUCUUUAG